CCUCUAACCCACGGACCUGUUUGCUGAACCUCAAGCUCGUUCGCUCUCCCUGUAAAUUCUAAAACCUACUAGGACCAGAGAGAAUCACCUGGAAAACAGUUUUGAAGCUACCAUGGGAGCUGAAAUUGAGGACAAUGGAGCAAUACAGAUACCGCCAACCCGAGUUGGGCACAUAAAGAAACGAGCUCUUAAGAACAAAGCUGUAUCUGUCUCUUUCAACCAGAAAGAUCUCAGGGAUUAUGUUACCGGGUUUCAUAAGAGGAAGAAGAAGAGAAGGAAGGAAGCAAUUAAACAACAAGAGGAGAAGUUAAGGCUCAAGCGAAUCGCGUCUCGCAAACAGAGGAAACUGGAAAAAGAAUUUGCUUUACAUGGAGGAGCUCCACCAGCCACUAAUGAAAGUGACGAGUAUGAAGAGGAUCAUGAAGAAAGUGAGCCAAUUGCAUCAGUAAACGGGACAACAAAGUACGACAACGGGGACAUGCAAGUCACUGUGACAACUAGUGAAAUUUCACGUGAAGAUAAAGAUGGCUCAAGUGAAAAGACACAAGCAGAAGUGCCAAGGUUGGUCGAAGCUGAUAAAACGCACAAGUUAUCCGUGAGCAAAAAGAAAUCAUUCAAGAAAGUUUCAAAACGCAAAUCACGGACAAAGCCACAAAAAAAAAGGGAUAGAAAGAAGGGAAAGGCGAAGAACAAGCUGUAGUUUAUAGUUGAUCUUCUUGCCAUACGAAGCAUGGGGGGAUCAAAUUGUGUUUUCUGCUGUUGGAGUACAUAGUUUAACAAAGGCUAAUUGCUGAGACAUUUAUGCCAGGCCAUGUAGAAAAUUGGUUCGUUUCAGCGUUUUCUAUUUUAUUAAAGCAAAUAUAGUUGAUGAUAUUUUCUCCACUAACAAUGUACCGACUUUAUCGACGAUUCCAGAUUGAUGUUUUCACAGUUUUUGGGUGGCAGGUUCUAUCAGGGAAUCCUUCCUCUUUGUCCUCGGUUUUUACUCAAAAGUUUAAUGGCCAACAAUAAUGAUGGUACGGGCAUCACAUCUGUUCUUGUGUAAUUUCCUGUCGGUGGUUAAACUUGUGUCUGCACAUUUUUUAUUCUUAAUUUUACCGUCGUACUUCGGGUUGGGAUUGAGAAGGUUUGCCUUCUGGCGAUAUUAGUUGUAUGAUUUGAGACAUCUUGACUGCGAAGUUACACUGACAGUGGCAUUUCUCUCUCUUUUCUCAACGAGAGUUCUGAUCAAUAAAAAGGUUAUCUUGGAGAUUA